UCCAGGGUGGAAUGACAAGAAUCAUUUACCUGGUGCUGUAGCUAGUAUAACUACAAAUAGCACUACCCCGCAAGAUUGCUGUAAAGCAUGUAUAGCGGAUACGAAUUGUUUUCAAUGGGCUUUUCAUGAGCUUCAUUGUCAUACGUACCAUGACCUCGAUAAUACUUGUUCAACAGAAACCAUAUCGCUAAGCGCAUCUGAUGAUGAAGGUGGUAUUAUUCGUUGUAAUGAUGGCAGUGGCAGUGAGUGUAGAUUUUAA